UACGUGUAUAUGCUCGUAUGCAUGUGAACUAAAGGUUUUGGCAUGUGGGCUCUAAAGCCCAUGUGCGUAUGAGUAAUACAACACUGAUAGACUAAAUGUGGAAGUGGUGCAGCAGGCAGCACCUGCUGUCCACCAUCACCGGCGAUGGCUUCUCUGGCACUACGCUCACCCAGAGUGGCCUCAUCACCACUGAAAUGACAGCUCGAAGGAAUAAGAGGACGGAGUACCUGUCAGUGAAAGACCUGGAGAAAGUUUUGGACUCCUGUACUCUGGAUCUUCACCAGAUAGACGAGGUCUGGCCGAACCUGUACAUUGGAAAUGUAAGAAUCGCCCAGAACAGGACGGCACUGCAGUGCCUCGGGAUCACUCAUGUCCUGAACGCCGCCCACUCCAAGCUGGGUAGCAUUGGGGACCAGAAGUUCUAUGGAAGCAGCUUCGUGUACUGUGGGAUUCCUGCAGAGGACUCAUCUCACUUCGACCUGGACAUUUACUUUAGACUGGCAGCAGAUUUUAUCCACAAAGGCCUGAAAUCGCCUGAUGGAAAGGUGCUGGUGCAUUGCAUUAUGGGUAUGAGCCGCUCGUCAACCCUGGUGUUGGCGUACCUGAUGCUGUACCACCACAUGCCCCUGAGAUCAGCCAUCCAGCGCAUCAUCCAGAAGCGAGCCAUCUACCCCAACAGGAAUUUCCUGGCCUUGCUCCUGGACUUAGAUCUCCAGCUAAAGCGAAAGAGAAAGACCUGCAUUCUGCUGUAAACCAUGGGCUUUCAGCUCCUGUCCUGCAGUCCCACUGUUCUGUAUGGUUUCUGUUUUCAUACUCUAACCCAGCUAAUCUAGCUCAUCAGGCUCAUUGUCAUGCCCUUAAAAAGCUGGAUAUGGUAUGCUCGGUUAUGAAAACCUGACACUAGUCCCAGGCAGGACUGAAGCUGAAAGCUCUUACUGUAAGCAAACAAACAAUACAGACCAUAAUAGAUCUACAUGGUAACGUGACCCAAAUAUUUCAUGGUUUUGCAUACACAAGGAAUGCAUACCUUUUUCUUAGAAGUCAUUAUGAUUUAUGAGGGACGUAACAAUGUCUCAUAAAAUGGAUGAGCCAAUGGUGCAGCAGCAUCAACUUUUGGUGGAAAAAUGAUAAAUGCAUGGAAUAACUUAGCCAAUAAGAUAAUGGCAAAAAAACUAGCUGAAUCAAUAUAAUAGAAGCACGGGCUUGUUAUAAUAGUAAACAUAAAAUUAACUACAUAGGUCUUCAAAACUAAGACAUAAUGUAGAUGUCACAGUCUUCUAUGUGAUGCACUAUAACACAAACAUCUGCGUCUUUGGGUAGCACAGUAUGGAGACUGAGCCAAGUACACUCUACGUAAAGACUAGUUAUAGGAAUCAGAUAUCCAAAUGAUUGUGCUCAGUGUCAGUUGAUGAUACUGCUCUUAAAUUAAUAUUCCAUCAUUCUUCAACUUUAUUACUGACAAUAUCUACAGCGUAUUAAUUAUCAUGGACCAUAAAUUUGAUGGAUUUCUGUGUGCUGAGGAAAUAAUUAAAAGCCUAUUGAUAUUUAUAAUGGAAUCUCAAGGGCAGUUGUUGGUUUCCUCAAUAGACAUUUGAAAUGCAUGACCAUAUAACAAACAUUUAAAGCAACAACUGUUACACUUUAAUGAUAAGUAUCUUAGGAUAACGUAAACAUGAGUAAAUUACUUACCAAAGCUGUAGUUUUAUUUCUCUUUAACAUGCUGAUGCAACACAGUAAUUAUAUAAUUCUGCAUAUUUUAAUUUUCCUUAUGGGUGUGUGGAGUGAUUAGGCAGAGCCUCUGUAUACAGUAGUCUAGCAAUGAUGUCUUACCACAGAUUCCUCCCUCACAUUUAGCAGCUGUCUCCACAACUGCUUCUAUGCUUCCAUUAUAAGUGUGUUCUGAGUUAUCCAUUCUUCCUCAUGUACAGGGAAAUAGAUAUUGUGUGGUAAUUGUCUAACAAGGAUGCAGAAGAUUAGUUUGAAAAAAUGCUCGUAUAUUCUUUAAGACUGCAGUAUGGUUAAUUGUGAAUGCAAGUUGAUCAUAUCAUAGUAAAACAGUCUAUUUGGCCUCAUUUGAAGUGUUUUGGGAAUUGUACUCAAUACUGCAGACACUGUCUGGAGACCACAGAGACACAUUUACUUGAGUACAAUUUGAUAUAGCAAUAUGAAGGCAAAUUAAGACAAAGUAUGACCUUUGCUACAUUCUUUUGUAACUUACUCAAAAUGGACCAAAGAGAAAAGAUCACUGAGAAAACAGGAAUAAAGAUGUGAGUAAAAAUAAA